AUGUCUUCCAGCACAGAACGUAUCGCGCUUGUCACAGGUGCCGCGCAGGGCAUAGGCAAGUCCAUCGCCCUCCGGCUCGCUGCUGACGGUCUGCACGUUGCGCUUGCGGACCUCCCGCGCGCGCAGGACGCGCUCGAGAGCGUGGCGAAGGAGGUCGAGGCGACGACGGGACGCAGGACGCAUGUUGUUACAGGCGAUGUGAGUAACGAGGAGGAUGUGGAGAGAAUGGUACGGGAGACCGUGGAGAGGCUUGGGAGCCUUGAUGUGAUGAUCGCAAACGCUGGGGUGAUUCGCGCAGGCACCGUCACCGAAAGUAGGGAUUAUACCUCGGGCGACCACGCGACGAUCGAGAACUGGACCACAGACAUGAACGUGAACGCAACGGGAACAUUCCUCUGCUUCAAGCACGCCGGGCGGCAGAUGAUCGCGCAGGGCCGCGGCGGGCGCAUGGUCGCGGCUUCGAGCGUCGCGGGCAAGAAGGGGCACCCGAACCAGGUCGCGUACUGCGCGGCCAAGUUUGCAGUGCGCGCGAUUAUGCAGUGUGCUGCUAUCGAGCUUGGGCAGCAUGGGAUAACGGUGAAUGCCUAUGCUCCGGGCGCGAUAGUGACUCCUAUGCUCCAGGGCCUUCGCGAGCUGAACGACGCUCGAACGGCUGCCGUGGGUCAACAGAACUUUUUCGGUGGGGACUAUUACAAAGUGAUGGCAGAUCGAGCAGCUGUCCAGAAGCUAGGCUCGGCAGACGAUGUCGCAAGUAUCGUGUCGUACCUCGUCAAGCCGGAGGCGCAUUUUAUCACCGGUCAGACGAUUUCGGUAGACGGCGGCGUUUGGUUGUCGUAA